CACUGCUGCUGACUCACAGGACAGACCCUUGGGGACCAGUGGCAGGAGCAGCGCCAGAAGAUGAAGGAGGCAGAGUUGAACAGAGAUGUGGCUAGAUUCUACAAAGACAACCAGUGUGUCUCCCUACAGCCCCAAGGACUGGACUUUAUACCAGCUGCUCCCAGGAUGCUGAGACAUGUCCAGGCCAUCUUGACACUCAUGGCUGUGUUCUUCUCUCUCCUGGCUCUUUUUCUGGUGGCUUUACAGCCUUGGAGACACGAGCAGAAUGAAGAUCAUUCCUCCCAACCCUUGACUCUGAGAAACAACUCUGCUGAACAAGAGCCCUACAAUGAUUUCCACUCUGGCAGUGUGGCAGAAAAGCAAGAGGCUACGUGGAGGUUUAGGGGCUAUGCAGAGAAUUCUAGCACUUUGCACAAGGAUAUAGAGAUACUGAAGUACAGAAUGGACAAUGUUAGUUCUCAGGUCCAGUUGCUCGGGGACCACCUGGAGGAUGCCAGUGCUGACAUCCAGCAGGCAAAAGAUGUGCUAAAGGACUCUGGUUCCUUGGCUUUGGAGACCCAGGCACUGAGAAACUCAUUGGAGUUGGCCAGCGCUGAUAUCCAUAGUCUGAGAGGAGAUUUGGAAAAAGCAAAUGCCAUGACUUCCCAGACCCAAGGUCUCUUAAAAAGCAGUGCAGAAAACACCAGUGCUGAACUCCUCACGCUGGGCAAAGGCUUGGAGGAAGCCCAGACUGAGAUCCAGGCAUUGAGAGGAAGUCUACAGAGUUCAAAUGACCUCAGCUCCCAGACCCAGAACUUUCUCCAGCGCAGUGUUGACAACACUACUGCUGAGAUGAAGGCCAUGAGAGUUCAUCUGGAAAAGGCUGGUGAUGAAAUGAGCUUAUUAAAGAAAGAUCUGGAAACAGUCACUGCUCAGACUCAAAAGGCAAACGGCCACCUGGAGCAGACAGAUGCCCAGAUCCAAGUGUUAAAUGCCAAGCUGAAAAGCACCAGUUCCUUAACCUCCCAUAUCGAGGCGGUCAGUGGUCAACUGAAAGAUGCCAUCAGAGAGUUACAGACUCUGAAAGGAGACUUGGGGGAUGUCGCAGCUCUGAAAUCCAAGAUCCAGAUGCUACAGAGCAAUCUUCAGAAGGCCAAGGCAGAGGUGCAGAGUUUGAAAACUGAUCUGGAGGCUACCAAAACUCUCACUGCCAAGAUUCAAGAGGAACAGAGUCGCCUGGGGGCCCUGCAGCAAGCUAUGGCUUCACAGGGGCAGGUGCAGAGGACUCAGAAUGAACUUCUCCAGCUGAUCCUGCAGGGCUGGAAGGUCUUCCGUGGAAGCUUGUAUUACUUUUCUCAUGAGGAGAAGUCGUGGCACGAGGCUGAGAAGUUCUGUGUGUCCCAGGGAGCACACCUGGCGUCGGUGACCUCUCAGGGAGAGCAGGCAUUCCUGGUAAAGUCCACAAGUACUGUGCACCAUUGGAUCGGACUCACUGACCAGGGCAUGGAGGGCAACUGGCGAUGGGUAGAUGGGACACCAUUCAAUCCUGCCCUGAGCAAUGGGUUUUGGGGAAAAAAUCAGCCUGACAACUGGAGACAUUCGAGCGGAGAGGUUGAAGACUGUGUCCACAUGCAGCAACAGUGGAAUGACAUGAUCUGUGGGGCUGCCUACCCCUGGGUAUGCAAGAAGUCCAUAGGUCAGGCUGCAGCCUGAAUGGACCAGAGCUGACUUUUCCUUCUUGAGACUCUCAGAGCCUCGGACUCACUUCAGGGCUUCACAUGUCCUGGCACCACCCCAUCCCCAUCGUUUAACGAUUUAAAACAUGCUGGCCUCCUGUGGUCCCUCCAACAAGAUGGCUUCUUAAAGAUAAGCCCUCCCUUAACCGGCAUGCUUGUGACCCCUCAGCACCUCCAACAUGCUUGCCCAGCCAGGUCCUCA